ACUCACUGACACUCUCCAGCUCAGACACAAUGAAACUGCUUCUUGUCAUCGUUGCUCUUGGCCUCACCGUCAGCAUCUGUGCUCAACAGCUCUCAGCAGCUCCCAGUAUUCCAGUGGGUACGCUGUGCUGUGAGCAUUAUAUCCGAACAGAAUUGCCACUAGCCCGUAUUGUGAGUUACAUAAAAGCUCCCAGCUCUUUCUACUGUUCCCACGACGCUAUCAUAUUCCAGACCAUAGCUGGCCGCCUGGUGUGUGCUAAUCCGGAACAUCCGUGGGUGCAGGAUCGACUGACAGAGCUCACCGACAGGAUUAAAAAGGAUUGAUCCUGAUCUUCAACAAUCCCUGGGGUUUGGUGAUGCUGGACAUCAUCUGAUCCUGAACAUAUACAAGUUUUUGUAC